CCCAGCCUUAAUGACGCCGAGUGUACUGUGGACUAUUCAAGCGAUCCAUUUCUCUGUUUGCCAGCUGUUUACAGUAACAGUAUGUUGGCUUUUGUUUUUUCGUGAGUCAAUGAAUUUUGUAUUGUAUAAACCAAUCUUUUUCUAACAAAAAUGUCAACUGACGGUGAAAAAUUUAUUUUCAAAGCUGAGUGGUUUGACACCACAGCAGAAAUUACUAAAAAUUUCUAUUUAUAUUUUUUCUCAAUAGAUAAUUCUAUUGAGUUGUUUGAUAUAAAAAAUAAAAAAAUAUUUCUUAGAAGAACAAAAUGUGAAGGAAUCAGUUUAAAAGAUUUAUAUGUUGGGUCUAUGGUCACUAUUUUUUCCCGACCUAUGAAAAUCGUUGAUGCUGUCGAUGACAACACUAAAAUAAAAGUAAACAAAACAUUAGAAAAAACCUUUGCUAUGUUGAAGCCUUAUGUAAUUAAUAAAAUGGGAGAAAUUUUGAAAACUAUUACAGCUCAUAAUAUUCACAUAGCUAAUAUCAAAAUGUGUCUUUUAGAUGAUUAUGAUGUAGAAAAAUUGUAUAGAAAUAACGAACAACUUUCUCGAAUAAAAGAAUAUUUAACUUCAGGUCCUGUUGUAACCCUAAUGUUACUUGGAGAAAAUGUAAUAAACCGUUGGAAUGAAUUGGUUGGACCAUCAGAUCAUCUACCAGAAACUGAUUCUUCAUCUUUACGAGCUCAUUUUGCAAAGAGUAUAACAGAGAACGGCUUUCAUGGAUCUUUAAAUCUUGAAGCAGCAGAAGAAGAAUUAAAUUACUUUUUCCCCAAUCUAAAAACAAAGAAGAAAAAAAAAAUAAAGAAUUCUGCUACUUUAACCAACUGUACUUGUUGCAUCGUAAAACCUCAUGCUGUUCAGGCUGAGUUAACCGGUGACAUUGUGGAUGAUAUUCAGAAAGGAGGUUAUCGAAUUACCGCGAUACAAGAAUUUAAUGUUGACCCAGUUAAUGCUGAAGAAUUUUUGGAGGUCUACAAAGGUGUUUUUGCUGAUUAUGCAGCAAUGGUUGCUGAACUACAGUCAGGACCAUGUAUAGCUAUGGAAAUUACUCAUGAAAAUAAAUCUAUUGAUGUCACGGUAGACUUUAGAAAAUUCUGUGGUCCAUUUGAUCCAGAAAUCGCACGAAAAAUAAGACCAACUACUCUUCGAGCAAAAUAUGGAAAAACAAAAAUACAGAAUGCCGUCCACUGUUCUGACCUUCCAGAGGAUGGACCUCUAGAAGUCGAAUACUUCUUUAAUAUUCUUGAUGAAUAAGAAUACAACUGUGCCUAACUACACCACUAACAAUAAUUAUCAUGAUCAUUAUUUUUAUAACAUUUAUUACUAUGCUAAGUAAGUUCAUGAUUUUUCGCAGUAAUUUUUCCAUUCAAUAAGUUUAUAUUUUGUUAUGUUGCAACAUUAAAAAUUGUUUUGCAUUUCCACAAUGAAUUAU